UCGUAUCCGAACGUCAAGCAGCUGAGAGAAAGGGUAGAGAAGACAAGAUGGCGGAGUGAGUCGGUUACGCUUUGUACAGAUGGUUGCGACCCUUUGACGUUGGCCGAAAACGGUGGUUCGAUUGAACAAACGCAGCGGUACCAUCGGAACUUUAAUUUAAACGGCAUCUUUUGACCCUCGUCGCGGAGGACAGAAGGCGUUUUCACGAAGGUCCCCACGACAGAGUUAGCUUGAUGCUAAUGAUACCCAGCGUUGGAUUUGACUAACUAGCGCAAGCUGCUACUCGGAGGUAGCUGGGUGGUUGGUGAAGGCCGUAGGCUUUUUGAAGUUUCCUUUUGCUGUAUAUACAUCGAUGUUCGCAGAUUUUAUUUUUCCAGAGACCCGCUGUAGCAUUUAGUCUAUGAGUAAAGCGAAUAACACCAGGAGUAACCUUUUUCUUAAAAAAUAUUUGGCGUAAGGGCUAGCAUUAGUCCAGUUUUACCAUCCGGACAGGACUCUAUAUGUUCUGCUAAGCAGUUUAUCUACCGCACGACAUUUCCUAAAGUGACUCAAGUGGAAAUUGUUAUUUGGUGGAUAUUAUGGCGAGUAGCAGUGGCUCCAAAGCUGAAUUUAUAGUCGGUGGAAAAUACAAGCUUGUCAGAAAAAUCGGAUCGGGAUCGUUCGGCGACAUAUAUCUGGCCAUCAACAUCACAAAUGGAGAGGAGGUAGCUGUAAAACUGGAGUCACAGAAAGCCCGACAUCCACAACUGUUAUACGAGAGCAAGCUGUACAAAAUUCUACAAGGUGGCGUCGGGAUCCCUCACAUCAGGUGGUAUGGCCAAGAAAAAGACUACAAUGUCCUAGUCAUGGACCUGCUUGGACCCAGUCUGGAGGACCUGUUCAACUUCUGCUCUCGCCGCUUCACAAUGAAGACUGUUCUUAUGUUGGCGGACCAGAUGAUCAGCAGAAUCGAAUAUGUACACACAAAGAACUUCAUCCACAGAGAUAUCAAGCCAGAUAACUUUCUCAUGGGCAUUGGUCGUCAUUGUAACAAGUGUUUAGACUCGUCAGUGGGGAAGAGGAAAAGAAGCUUGGCUGUUAGCUCUUCUCAGGACCCAUCUUUCUCAGGAUUAAACCAGCUGUUCCUUAUUGACUUUGGUUUGGCAAAGAAGUACAGAGACAACCGGACACGGCAGCACAUCCCCUAUAGAGAAGACAAGAACUUGACUGGCACCGCACGCUAUGCCUCCAUCAAUGCACACCUGGGCAUAGAACAGAGUCGUCGUGAUGAUAUGGAGUCACUAGGCUACGUGCUGAUGUACUUCAACAGAACCAGUUUGCCAUGGCAAGGAUUAAAGGCUGCCACCAAGAAGCAGAAGUAUGAGAAGAUUUCAGAGAAAAAGAUGUCCACCCCUGUGGAGGUCCUCUGCAAGGGUUUCCCAGCAGAGUUUGCCAUGUACCUGAACUACUGCCGUGGCUUGCGCUUUGAAGAGGCUCCAGACUACAUGUAUCUGCGCCAACUGUUCCGUAUUCUCUUCAGGACUCUGAACCAUCAGUAUGACUACACAUUUGACUGGACCAUGCUGAAACAGAAAGCAGCCCAACAAGGGGCCUCCUCCGGGGGCCAAGGCCAGCAGGCACAAACCCCCACAGGCAAGCAAACUGACAAACCCAAGCCUAACAUGAAAGGUUUCUGACUGCUCUCUGCCCAGAGCUGAGUUGCAGAAGCGUUGGUGCCCAGGACCAACAAGUCUUUCUUCCUGGACAAGCGACAAACAGAAAGUCUGUCUAUCCUUCCAUAAUAGCUAUCUAUGUGAUGGAGAUGUAUAGAUCUACACAGGCCUUUGUUAGCUGUGUUAUCUAUAUAUUUGUGUGUAUAUAUAAGUCUCCACUCUGAAAUAAUUUGUUUUUUAUGUGGAGGCUGUAGCCCCCUGCCCCACCCUAGACACACUUCCCUCCCCCAUGCGCCCGCCCCUUUGUUUGUCCUUCUUUUGUGUGUUGACUUUUUGUAAAGUUUCUUUGGAAACUCGAGAUGCGAUGUUAUUCGACCCUGUUUUUCUUUUCCAGAAACAUCUCAGCAUCUCCUCCCCCUUCAUUCCUUAAUUGACUCACUCCUUUUACCGAUAAGUUGUUAAAACAUGUAUACUGAGACCUGUUCUCUCAUUUUCUUUCUGAAAUAAUUGAAUGAUGCAACUCUGGAUGUUAUUUACUAAAUCAAAAUGCUUUUUUCCGUUUUCCUAUGGUGAUUAGGAGUUUGCCUGUUGACAAUAUAAGCAGCUGAUGGCAACAGUCAACGAUAGAAUACUACUCUGGCUCUUUCCCUGUCUCUAGAGCUCUGAAAUAUUAAAUCUGUUGUAAAACCUAUGGUCUUCUCCAGAAAUACAAAUAAAAACUUUAAAAUCA